CUGGCUCGAGAGCAUGGCAGGGCUCGGCUUCGCGCCUUCGCGGCCGUCCCGCUGGAGCUGCACGUGGGGCUCGAUGAUGACGAAGUACUGAGCCGCCGCUCGCUGCUCCGCGUGUGCGAGUGGGCUAGCCUCAGCGGCUCGUGGGAGCUCCGAGACCAUUACAACGCGGCGGUGGGGCGCGUGACGGGUGCCGUCACGCUGUCGUGUCUCGGGAAGACGCUGGCCCCGCACCUCACACAGGCACUAGGCGUACAGGUGAGCAAGCCGCAACCGUCUAGUCCUCGAGUGGGGGCACAGGAAAAGGAGCAGACGCAGCUGGCGAAGACCAAGAGCUCUGGUGCUGAGGGGCAGCUGCUCUACUACAAGAACAGCGCAAAGGGCGCAACAAGUCCACGACGGAUUCGCUCGAGACCUAGGAGAGAUUCAAGCUCCCGACCGAUGGCGGCGGCCAAAGGUGAGCUGCUGUUCCCGCGAGAGCUCCCACCGCCGCUUUUCUUCCAGAAA